AUGGAAUCCUCUGGCGGGACUGACGGAGAGCGGCAGUCGCGUUUUAGCACACGGCCGCCGAAUCCGCUACCAUUGCUGUCGCGUCGAGGGCUAAGGGGCUCCGCGAUUCCCGAGGCGCUUCGAAAACCGAAUCCGCUGUCGCUGCUCUCGCGCCGCGUGCUGAUGGCCUCCGCGUCGCUGCUGCACUCCCCGCCUUCUCCCUCCAAUCCGCCCGUUUCGCCGUUCCUCCUGCCCCCUUCGCAACUGCUGCUGUUACCAUCGUCUUCGCCAGCGUCGCCAGCGUCACCAGCGCCGCUAGCGUCGGCAAAGUCGCCCUCAUCGCUUCUGGCGUCGCAGCCUUCGCCAAAGACCCGUUGGCGAGGAAAUCCAGUCCCUACUGAAGGCCCAGACAAUUCAGCACUUCCAUGGCCAGUUUCUCAAGAGGCUGCAGCGUCUAAGGCGGCUAUGGACGGCCGAGCGGACUCAUGCAAAGUCGAAACGUGUAACUUAGAAACCCCAGGCUUAAAGCCCGUCGAAUGGAUUCCGGAAUCCCCAAGAACGUGGCUGGAGACAUGGGCGGACCCGAUUGCGUCGAGUUGGAAAGAAGAACGUUCGGGAAGGGAACAGGGAAUGGAAGUGGGAUGGAAAAAGGAAGCGGAUAAGGUGAAAUCGGCCGUGCAGGAGCGAAGCGAGGCACUGAAACGAGGGUUUGCGUUGCUACAGCGAGGGGUGGAAACACAAGGGGAGUCACUGAAACGAGGGGCGGUGGCGUUACAGCGAGAUGUUGAAGCACAAAGCGAGGCAGUGAAGCAAGGGGUGGUGACUCUACUAUGGGAUGUGGAAUCACAGAGCGAUGCACUAAAACGAGGGCUGGUGUCGCUGCAACAAGACGUGGAAGCGCGGAACGAGGCAUUGAAACGAGGGGUGGUUUCGUUACAGCGGGACGUGGAAGCGCGGAAUGAGGCAGUGAAGCGAGGGGUGGUGGCGUUACAGCGGGAUGUCGAGGCGAACGUGCUGUCGUUUCAACGAGGGGCGGAGUUCUGGCGGCGUGUAGUGCACCUGUACGGCAGUUACAAGGUGCGUUUCAUCGUACAAGGUUCCUCUCUCGUAAGUUUGAUGUACUCUUCAAUCUUAUAUUUCCCCUUCCCUCCCCCUCCUAUUUCCCCUGUUCCUUCCCCUCCCCUUCUUCCUUGUCCUUUUCACUCUCCCCUUGUUUUCCUCUUCCCUCUCCCCCUAUCCUCCCCAACCCUCUCCCCCUAUCCUCACCUUCCCUCACCCCUCGUCCUCACCAUCCCGCUCCCCCUCUGUCAGCUCCAGGUGGCAGUGAGUGGCCAAUCAGAGGAGGAGAAAACUGCCACGUGGCAGAGGCAGCAUGAGAGGGGGGCGGAGAUGCUCUAUGCCCUUUGCACCGACAUGAAGGGAUUCUUCCUCAAGGCCGGCCAGUUUCUAGCGAAGCCAGACCUCUCCCCACCAGCGUGGGUGCGGCGCCUCUCAGCCCUCCACGACGACGCUCCUGCCGACCCGCUCCCCCUCGUGCUGCGCACCAUUCAAGAGGAGCUGGGGGGGGUGGCAUGGAGGGAGGUGUGGGAGUGGGUGGAGGAGAAACCGUUGGGGUCUGCUUCGAUUGCUCAAGUGCACAGAGGGAGAUUGCGAGGAGGCAAAGAGGUUGCUAUCAAGGUGCAGCAUGCAGGAGCUGAGCCUCUCAUGCUCACGGAUCUCGCCAACCUCAAAACCUUUGCUGCAUUCCUGCAGAGCACGGAGCUGAAUCUGGACAUCAUGGGUGCUCUCAACGAGCUGGAGAGGCAGAUCCGGCAAAGCGGUGAGUGUAAUGCUGGUGGUUCUGCUGGCUCCUCCCCAGUGGUGGUGGUGCCUGCAUCUGUACCUGGGCUGGCGACCAAGCGUCUACUGGUGAUGGAUCUGAUCAAGGGCUCUCAACUAGCUAGUAUGGAAGAGCAAAUGAGGGCCAAGGGAGUCAACCCCAACGGCUUCCUUUCUAUGAAGGCAAAGCGGUCAAUCUUCCGGUCACUUGGGACAGCUUACGGGCUGAUGAUCUUGCGAGACGGGCAUUUUCAAGCUGACCCCCAUCCAGGAAAUCUCCUCAUCUGCCCGGAUAGAAAGGUUGCUCUGUUGGACUAUGGCCAGACCAAGCGUCUCCCAGACUCUCUGCGUCUAAACCUGGCACGCUUGAUGCUAGCAGUGGCGGACAAAGACUUGCCAAGAGUAGGCUCAUUGUUCCAAGCACUGGGGAUCCGGACUACCAGGACUGUGAUUGAGGAUCCCAGGAGCUUUCACCGCAUGUCUUCCCUCAUGUUUGACACUGGGGUGUCGGAGGGUGUUACAACGUCGAACCCGUUUGCGAGCGAAUCCACCCUGAAGAGGAACGGGAUUGAGAAAUUCCCAGAGGAUCUGUUCUUUGUGGUGCGCACCAUGCAGCUGCUGAGAGGCCUGGCAAUGGGCAUGGGAUUGAAUGAGUCUCUUGCAGAGCAAUGGAGGCCGAUUGCACAAGCAGCGCUCAAGGAAGCUGGUGGAAUGUAG